AUGAAUGGGCACAGUGAUGAAGACGUUGUAAGAAACAGUAGUGGAGAGUCAAGCCAAUCAGAUGAUGAUUCUGAGUCGGCAUCAGCUUCUGGAUCUGGUUCAAGCUCUGGAAGCAGUAGUGAUGGAAGUAGCAGUCAAUCAGGUAGCAGUGACUCUGAGUCUGGUUCAGAGUCAGACAGUCAAUCAGAAUCAGUGUCUGACACAUCUAGAGAGAAGAAACAAGUUCAAGCUAAACCACCGCCAAAAGUUGAUGGAUCUGAGUUUUGGAAGUCCAGUCCAAGUAUACUUGCUGUGCAGAGAUCAGUGCUCAAGAAGCAACAACAGCAGAAGUCGGCCUCAUCAGACAGUGGUUCAGAAGAGGAUUCGUCGAGCAGUGAAGAUUCUGCAGAUGACUCUUCCAGUGAAACCAGGAAGAAAAAACACAGAGAUGAAGACUGGCAAAUGUCUGGGUCAGGGUCAGUAUCAGGAACUUGUUCUGAUUCUGAAUCAGAGGAAGAUGGAGAAAAAAACAGUUGUGAAGAUAGCGAAUCUGACUAUGAGCCAAAAAACAAGGUCAAAAGCUGGAAACCUCCAAGCAGAGUUGAGCCAAAAAGCAGCAAAAAGACUGCAGGACAGAAAAAGAGGCAACUUGAUUCAUCGGAUGAUGAUGACUGUGACAAGAGAGGAUCUCGUCGCCAGGCAACAGUCAACGUCAGUUACAAAGAAGCUGAAGAAACCAAGACAGAUUCUGAUGACUUGUUGGAAGUUUGUGGAGAAGAUGUCCCGCAGCCUGAAGAAGAUGAAUUUGAAACUAUAGAGAAGUUUAUGGACAGUCGAAUUGGCCGAAAAGGAGCCACUGGUGCUGCAACCACCAUCUAUGCAGUUGAGGCAGAUGGUGACCCAAAUACUGGAUUUGAAAAGUCAAAGGAGUUAGGAGAAGUACAGUAUCUUAUUAAAUGGAAAGGCUGGUCACAUAUCCAUAAUACUUGGGAAACUGAGGAAACACUGAAGCAACAAAAUGUUAAAGGAAUGAAGAAACUGGACAACUAUAAGAAAAAGGAUCAGGAAACAAAACGCUGGCUGAAAAAUGCUUCUCCGGAAGAUGUGGAAUAUUAUAACUGCCAGCAGGAACUUACAGAUGAUCUACAUAAGCAGUAUCAAAUAGUGGAAAGGAUAAUUGCUCAUUCAAAUCAGAAAUCGGCAGCUGGUUAUCCAGAUUACUAUUGCAAAUGGCAGGGUCUGCCUUACUCAGAAUGUAGCUGGGAAGAUGGUGCUCUCAUUGCCAAAAAAUUUCAGUCAUGUAUUGAUGAGUAUUUUAGCAGAAAUCAAUCCAAGACCACUCCAUUUAAGGACUGCAAGAUUCUAAAACAGAGGCCGAGGUUUGUUGCACUAAAGAAGCAGCCAUCUUAUAUUGGAGGACAUGAGAGUUUAGAGUUAAGAGAUUAUCAGUUAAGUGGACUGAACUGGCUUGCUCACUCAUGGUGCAAAGGGAAUAGUUGUAUUCUUGCAGAUGAAAUGGGUCUGGGUAAAACAAUACAAACAAUUUCUUUUCUGAACUACCUGUUUCACGAACAUCAACUGUAUGGGCCUUUCUUGCUAGUCGUGCCACUUUCUACCUUGACAUCUUGGCAAAGAGAGAUUCAAACUUGGGCUCCUCAGAUGAAUGCUGUGGUUUAUUUAGGAGAUAUAACUAGCAGAAAUAUGAUAAGAACUCAUGAAUGGAUGCAUCCACAGACCAAGCGAUUAAAAUUUAAUAUACUUCUAACAACUUACGAAAUUUUGCUGAAGGAUAAGUCAUUCCUUGGUGGUCUGAAUUGGGUAUUUAUAGGAGUUGACGAAGCUCAUCGUUUAAAAAAUGAUGAUUCCCUUCUGUACAAGACUUUAAUAGACUUUAAGUCUAAUCAUCGUCUUCUUAUUACUGGAACUCCCCUGCAAAACUCCCUCAAAGAGCUUUGGUCUUUGCUGCACUUCAUCAUGCCAGAAAAAUUUUCUUCUUGGGAAGAUUUUGAAGAGGAGCAUGGCAAAGGGAGAGAGUUUGGUUAUGCAAGUCUUCACAAAGAACUUGAACCAUUUCUACUCAGAAGAGUUAAAAAAGAUGUGGAAAAGUCUUUACCUGCUAAGGUUGAACAAAUUUUGAGGGUGGAAAUGAGUGCAUUGCAGAAGCAAUAUUACAAGUGGAUUUUAACCAGGAAUUAUAAAGCCCUGAGUAAAGGUUCAAAAGGCAGUACCUCAGGCUUCUUGAACAUAAUGAUGGAACUCAAGAAAUGUUGUAACCAUUGCUACCUCAUUAAACCACCGGAUGAUAAUGAAUUCUAUAAUAAACAGGAGGCCUUACAGCAUUUAAUACGUAGCAGCGGGAAACUAAUUCUUCUUGACAAGCUACUGAUUCGUCUACGAGAACGUGGCAACAGAGUACUGAUUUUCUCUCAGAUGGUGAGGAUGCUAGACAUCCUGGCAGAGUAUUUAAAGUAUCGUCAGUUUCCCUUUCAGAGACUUGAUGGAUCAAUAAAAGGAGAAUUGAGGAAACAAGCCCUGGAUCAUUUCAAUGCAGAAGGAUCAGAGGACUUCUGCUUUUUGCUGUCUACCAGAGCUGGAGGAUUAGGUAUAAACUUGGCAUCUGCUGACACUGUAGUUAUAUUUGAUUCCGACUGGAAUCCACAAAAUGAUCUGCAAGCGCAGGCUAGAGCUCAUAGGAUUGGACAGAAGAAACAGGUUAAUAUUUAUCGGCUUGUCACAAAAGGAUCAGUAGAAGAGGAUAUUCUUGAAAGAGCCAAGAAAAAGAUGGUGUUGGAUCACUUAGUAAUUCAGAGAAUGGACACUACAGGGAAAACUGUACUACACACAGGCUCUACUCCUUCCAGCUCAACACCUUUUAAUAAGGAAGAGUUAUCAGCAAUUUUGAAGUUUGGUGCUGAGGAACUUUUUAAAGAACCUGAAGGGGAAGAAGAGGAGCCUCAGGAAAUGGAUAUAGAUGAAAUCCUGAAGAGGGCUGAAACUCGAGAAAAUGAGCCAGGCCCACUAACUGUAGGAGAUGAGUUGCUUUCACAGUUCAAGGUGGCUAACUUUUCUAAUAUGGAUGAAGAUGACAUUGAAUUGGAACCAGAACAAAAUUUAAGAAACUGGGAAGAAAUCAUUCCAGAAGUCCAGCGGCAACGAAUAGAAGAAGAGGAAAGACAAAAAGAGCUUGAAGAAAUAUAUAUGCUCCCAAGGAUGAGAAACUGUGCAAAACAGAUCAGCUUUAAUGGAAGUGAAGGGAAACGCAGUAGGAGGAGCUAUUCUGGAUCUGAUAGUGACUCCAUCUCAGAAAGAAAACGACCAAAAAAACGUGGACGACCACGAACUAUUCCUCGAGAAAAUAUUAAAGGAUUUAGCGAUGCAGAGAUUAGGCGGUUUAUCAAGAGUUACAAGAAAUUUGGUGGUCCACUUGAAAGGUUAGAUGCUAUAGCUAGAGAUGCUGAGCUAGUUGAUAAAUCUGAGACGGACCUUAGACGUCUAGGAGAACUUGUACAUAAUGGAUGCAGUAAGGCUUUAAGGGACAAUUCCUUUGGACAAGAAAGAGCAGGAGGUAGACUUGGGAAAGUUAAAGGCCCAACAUUCCGAAUAUCGGGAGUGCAGGUGAAUGCAAAGCUAGUCAUCUCUCAUGAAGAAGAGUUGGAACCAUUGCACAAAUCCAUUCCUUCAGAUCCAGAAGAAAGGAAAAGAUAUGUCAUCCCAUGCCAUACCAAGGCAGCUCAUUUUGAUAUAGAUUGGGGUAAGGAAGAUGAUUCCAAUCUAUUAAUAGGUAUCUAUGAAUAUGGCUAUGGCAGCUGGGAAAUGAUAAAAAUGGAUCCUGAUCUCAGUUUGACACAGAAGAUUUUACCUGAUGAUCCAGAUAAGAAACCCCAGGCCAAGCAGUUACAGACCCGUGCAGAUUACCUCAUUAAAUUACUGAAUAAAGACCUUACAAGGAAAGAAGCACAAAGACAUACUGGUGCAGGCAAUUCAAAGAGGAAGAAAACAAGAACUAAGAAGAACAAAGUAACAAAGGCUGCAAAAAUUAAAGAAGAAAUAAAAAGUGACUCCUCAUCGCCACCCUCAGAAAAAUCCGAUGAAGACUAUGAGGAUAAUGAGGAUGAGAUUGUUUCAGUGAAACUUCCACAAAAAAAAAUAAAAGCAGAUAAAGAAAAUGAAGAAAAGCUUGAGUCAGAUAUUGGUAUAAAGAAGGAAGCUGAAGAAAAAAGAGAGACAAAAGAAAAGGAAAAUAAGAGGGAUUUGAAAAGGGAGAAAAAAGAAAAAGAGGAUAAGAAAGAAAUAAAGAAUAUUAAAGAAAAGAGAGAAAACAAAGUAAAAGAAUCCGCACAGAAAGAAAAAGAAGUAAAGGAAGAAAAGGUAAAUGAAGUCAAAUCUGAAAAUAAAGAAAAAAAUAAAAAAGUUUCAUUGUUGGAUAUUCCAGUUCAUAUUACUGCAACUAGUGAACCAGUUCCUAUAUCUGAAGAAUCUGAAGAACUGGAUCAGAAGACAUUCAGUGUGUGCAAAGAAAGAAUGAGGCCUGUUAAAGCAGCAUUGAAACAACUGGAUAGACCAGAGAAAGGCCUUUCUGAAAGGGAGCAGCUGGAGCAUACUAGACAGUGCCUAAUCAAAAUUGGGGACCAUAUUACUGAAUGUCUAAAGGACUACACAAAUCCUGAACAAAUUAAACAGUGGAGAAAAAACUUGUGGAUUUUUGUCUCCAAGUUUACAGAAUUUGAUGCCAGAAAGCUGCACAAGUUGUAUAAGCAUGCAAUCAAAAAACGCCAAGAAUAUCAGCAACACUGUGACCAGAAUAUUAGCAGCAACAUGAGUACACAUGUAAUUAGAAAUCCAGAUGUUGAAAGACUGAAAGAGAAUACAAACCAUGAUGACAGUAAUAGGGACAGUUAUUCUUCUGAUAGACAUUUGUCACAAUACCAUGAUCAUCAUAAGGACAGGCAUCAGGGAGAUGCUUAUAAGAAAAGUGACUCUAGGAAAAGGUCCUAUUCAGCUUUCAGCAAUGGAAAAGACCACAGAGACUGGGAUCACUAUAAACAAGACAGCAGAUACUAUAGUGAUAGUAAACAUAGAAAGUUGGAUGACCACAGGAGCAGAGACCACAGGUCAAUCCUGGAAGGAAGUUUAAAAGACAGUUGGCCUCACUCAGAUCACCGUUCCCACUCAGACCACAGGAUACAUUCAGAUCACCGUUUCACUUCAGAGUACAGCCAUCAUAAAUCUUCUAGAGAUUAUAGGUACCACUCAGACUGGCAAAUGGACCACAGAGCUUCUGGUAGUGGCCCAAAGUCACCAUUAGAUCAGAGGUCUCCUUAUGGUUCAAGAUCUCCUUUAGGACACAGAUCUCCAUUUGAACCUUCAUCAGAUCACAAAAGUACACCUGAACAUACAUGGAGUAGCCGGAAAACAUAA